AAGAAUAUAUACAUAUACGAUGGGUUACUUUGUUUUCUCAGAGAGGCGAUCGCAAUUUCGUCAACAGAUGAAGAUUUCAUAUGUGUCACAUUAGAUUGGUGGCCUCCUCAAAAGUGUACUGUACAUUCUGGCCUGCGUGCAGCGUUUUCACCGUUGAAGAUCAGAUUGUGCGGCAGUUUGCAAAACAAAGUCUUCUAUCAGACUACACGCUACCACAGAAAUUGCUUUCCUUUCAAAAAAGAUGAACGGGAGAUGUUUGGUUUCACUGAAGGAUGCCUUUCGUUGGGUAGAUGGGAUGAGCUAAAUUUGUUUUUCGCUAAAUCUGGUGCUCUCGUUAUCUUCGGGUUGAAUGCUCUUCGUGGAAGAAUAAUAAACAACAAUAAGGCAACUGGCCUUUGGCAUUCCAUGAAUGCUGAUUCUCUUAUACAAUGCACAGUUGAAAAGAGUUAA